AUGGAUCAUAACGGCAAAUGGCUCACGGUAUUUUUGAAGCUCAAAGUCGCAGCGAGUGUGGGCGGCUCUUCGCGAAGUAUGGGGGUUUGCAAGUGGCUGCACAGCUCGAACCAUGGGAACGGAAUAGCUCUGCUAGUAGACGGACAGUACGAUACUUGCUCGCCUUUCGACUACUUACCUCGUCAAAAAGCCUUUCUUCAGAUUAUUGCGCCUGAGCAUGAGAGUUGCUCCAUCUGCCAUAGUACUCCGGACGUUUAUCCAUACGAGCCGGACCAUCACUGGAUAGAAACCCUGACUGCGGCCUGCCAGCUUGCAAUUUCGAAAAGCACAGCCUCUCAGCUUUUACGACUACCAGGGGGGUUUUUCUGGGUUGCCCUCGCACGUGCUUCGCGUGCGGAAGGGAGCGCAGCAAAAGCAUACCCUCAGCGCGAAAGACAGGCGCCGCACAGAGAAGGAUAUGUAGAUUCUGCGGCGGCUAUAGAAGUCACGGUCCAUUUGCUUGUCAGCUAUCUAUACUUUGCCUUGAACCUUUGCCUCCUUCAAGAGCCUAACAGCCAAGGAGAGAUUCGAGUGCGAGUUGAGCGCAAGAAGACCACCGUCCAGGUUCCUGGCAUGUAUAAUUUCACUGCUGAAGAUGACGGUGGGUUGUGUUGGAUGGAUCGCCAAGUUCAUGGCUGGGGCAUGGGUCUGCCAACCUUGGCCUUUCUUGAAGCCAAAAGAGCUUUCAAAUUUAUCCAUAUCGAUGAGCGAAUGGGAGAAUACCAGCCGAUAGUUUCAAAAGGGACGCUGGCCCAAUAUCUCGAUGAUCAAGAUGAACUAGGGGAUAGUAGUGUCGCCUCAUGUACAACCCUGUUCCUCAGAGCUUCUAAUCUGUUGCAAUCAAACUACCCCCUGCAACAGAGCUUAGAUGAAAAUUCUGAUUUUCGGGGCGGCCCUCACAUUUUGGAAAAUGGUUGCAACUCGAUAGAGGGCUACAGGACCCCAGAUGUGACUUUUACUGACUUCCUCGACAGCACAAGCUUCGGCAAGAAUAAGGAGUUCAAAGGGACAGUACACCACCCCCGUACAAACAUAUCUUGGAAAGGGUCGGGCCACGAUGAAGUUGUAUGCCGGAACAAAAUGGGUGAGAUGUUUCGAUACUUAAGCGGUCGAAUAAUACUUCGUGGUGAACCAGCGCUGGCUGUACCCAUAACCGAUCGAGGAAACAAUAAAAUAAGCAGAUCACCUGCUUAUCUUAUUUUCCCCUUACUAGAAACUCGUAUCUGCUAA